CAUAAAAUGCUAAUGACCCGUUUGAGCGCUUGAACGUUACAUGAGCCUUGCAGGGCCGGUGCCUCAGCCAGUCUUUGUCCUGCGUUCCCAUGCUAGCCAAGUCAACUGUUUGCAAUUCUCAGCGAGCGGCGAGGAGCUAGUCUCAGGCGACUUGAAAGGCCAUGUAGCGCUAUACGAUCUUGCAAGCUUCCGCCCGACUUUGUUAUGGAAGGCACACUCCGAUUCGGUCCUGCAGGCGCAGCUCUGGAACAAGACGAUCAUCAGCCAAGGCAGAGAUAAUGAACUGAAGCUGUGGCAAGUACCCGAGAAGCCAAAGACGCUGUCACGAGCUGCGGCGUUGCAGGUGCCAUCUAUAGCUUCACCGUCGACUGUCGAGCUCAUGGGCAGCACGGGCAUCAAUGCACUCGGGUUCUGCAAGUUCUCACUUUUGGCUGUCUCGCAAGCGGAAGCCCUCGUAGCGUUGCCGUCGAUACUACAAGAAGACCAAGUGGACAUCUUUCACCUGCCGAGUCUCACGCGAGUGCAUCGCUCUGUUGCGGCAGAUGCAUUCGUCACGACUGAUCGUGUCGCAGGCAUGGUCAUGGCGCUGCAGCUCUUUCUCGACGCGCAGAGCCGACUGUCGGUGCUCAUUGCAUGGGAAGAUGGUCGCGUCGCGCUAUUUGGCUUGCUGCAGACGAGCGACUGGUCGCAGCCGCGCAGAGAUGCAAGCGAGGGCUGGGAGCUCGUCUGGUGGCAGAAGCAACACAAGGAGCCCAUCAUGUCAUUAGCGCUCGCGGCGGAUCACUCCGUAGCUUGGACUGUCGCUGCGGAUCACCUCGUGAUUGCCUACGACCUCACUCAGGGGGGCAAGACGACGCGACAUGCGACUGAUACUCCAGGUAAAGCUUGCAUUGUCGCUCGAGACGAUCAGAAGAUCCUCGCUAUAGCUGGCUGGGAUGGCCUGGUUCGAAUCCGUUCGAUCAAGACAUUCAAGCCCCUUGCGAUCUUGAGCUUCCAUCGUGACACCGUCAAUGCAGUCGCUUUCGCGCCGGUCAUGCAGCCGAAGCAGACUGGCAAGCCCGCGCGAGCCUGGGUAGCUGCGGGCAGUAUCGACAUGCGGAUCAGCCUUUGGGAGAUUUACCCCUCUUGA